AUGGCGUGUAGUGACAAUGAAUACCUGACGCCAAGCUGCAACCCGGAAGAGUUUUACAUUGCUCUCUGCACGGUCAUCUGCCUCAUCUGCCUAGCCGGCAUGAUGGCCGGGCUGACCAUGGGCCUCCUCUCGCUCGACAAGCUCAACCUCCAGAUCCUCGAGCUCCAGGGCUCGGAGGUCGAGAAGCAGCGCGCGGCGAAGCUGCUCCCGAUCAUCCAGCGCCACCACUUGCUGCUCGUGACGCUGCUCCUCUUUAACGCCGCUGCCAACGAAGCGCUGCCCAUCUUCCUCAACCGACUCGUGCCCGAAGCGCAAGCGGUCGUCAUCUCGGUCACGUGCGUCCUCUUCUUUGGCGAAAUCAUUCCGUCGGCGCUCUUUACAGGCAAGGCGCAGCUCACGAUUGCGGCUGCGCUUGUGCCGCUCGUCCGUCUCUUGACGCUGAUUGCCUACCCGAUUGCGUGGCCCAUCUCGAAGGCCCUCGACUUUCUGCUCGGCGAAGACCACGACAGCACGCGCUACAAGCGCAAGGAGCUCAAGGCGCUCGUCGCGCUCCAGAACAACUCGCCACCGUUCAAGAUGCCGUCGCAGUCGAAGCUCCAGUCGUACAAGGACAUGGCGCGAGCCAACUAUGGCACGUCGUCGCCGACCACGACUGCGCUACCGACGCUCCGGAGCGCGUCGUCGUCGGACGAUGCCUCGUCGCCCGAGGCGAUGCUGCUGCCGGCGUCGCCCCACGCAGUGCGCACACCGCUCUACUCGGUCACUGGCACCAACUUGCACAAUGACGAGGUGGCCAUCAUCCACGGCGCGCUCGACAUGUCGACCAAGACGGUGCAGAUGGUCAUGACGCCGUUUGACCAAGUGUUUAUGCUCAACGUGGACAUUUUACUCAACUUUGACGUGAUGACGGACAUCCUCGCAAGCGGCUAUAGUCGCAUCCCGGUCUACAAGAACCAUCGCACCAACAUUGUCGGCAUCCUCCUCGUGAAGCGCCUCAUCGUGCUGAGCCCCGACGACCUCAAGCCACUCAAGGACCUCAUGCUGCGCCGCCCGAACCUUGUGACGCCCGACCACUCGUGCUACUCGAUGCUCAAUGUGUUUCAAGAAGGCCGCUGCCACAUUGCGCUCGUGACGCCGCAGAAGGAGAUUGUGCAGCAGUGCUGGGCCUCGGGCCAAGACAUUGACCCGGACGUGGUGACCAUCUCGGGCGUCGUGACGAUUGAAGACAUUCUGGAAGAGAUUAUCAUGGAGGAGAUUGCGGACGAGAGCGACGUGUCGGUCUACCAGCUCGGGCCAAAGCGCGAAGAGCAUGCGACGCUCUUGCGCCAGCGCGGUGUGCUCCGUGCGAUCAACAAGUUCAAGGAGCUCGGAGAUCGCGCCAAGAUGCGUCGUGGCUCACCCAAGAACGGCAACGUCGAGGUCGACCCUUCGGCGCUGCUGAUGUGCGUCGACUUGACGACGAACGAAGUGACGCCACUCCUCGCAGCCUAAAUCGUUGCAUAGUAUGUAGCUAGAAACUUAUUCCAUGCUAGAAUCCAUC